AGGAUGAAUUGGUAACGGCGCCACUGACUGACGGAUUGAUACUCCCAGGUAUUACCAGAGACAGUGUUUUGUGUUUGGCAAGACAAAUGCAGGAUCUCAAAGUUACGGAGCGAUAUGUAGGCAUGGAGGAAGUACGGAAAGCUACAAAGGAAAAACGAGUUAGAUCUUUUUCACUCCAAAUUAUCUUUCAUGGGGCGGCAGAGAGACCAAGGAAUCGAAUUCACGAAAUCUUUGGCACAGGAACGGCUUGUGUCGUUAUGCCAGUUGGACGAAUUCUGUAUAAAAAUAAGGAUGCUAAUUACGAUGAACUUGUCAUACCAUCAAUGUCUGAUAAAACCAGUCUCAUGCAGAAAUUCUACGAUGCAAUUGUUGAUAUU